AUGAGCAAUUAGUUCCCAAUUGAUACUAACGGAAGCUUCAACUUCAAUUCAAUUCCAUUCUACAAAGAUGCAAUUAGUCACACGUGUUCUUUUAUUGGCCGUUACAGUGCUCGGUGCCAGCGCGUGGCCACGUAUGGCCGAUGAGCAAAGCCUCUUUCGCAUGGUGAUGGCUCAGGUGAGCUCCUCUAUGAUCGAUGAGCGCGCUCUGUCGCCAGCUGAGACCGCUUGUCUCAAUGCCUACAACAAUGCCACCAACCAGAUUGGCAACAAUUUGAGCAACAGCACCAACAAAUGCGAAGACGCUGCCAACAAGACCGCAAUUGCCAACAACCAGAGCUCCAACUCCACUGUGAACUCCAUUCGCACUCAGCUGCUUACUCUGCAGCAAAAUGUGCAGCGUUGCCUGAACGAGAGUGAUGCUAACCUUCUGACCAACUGCACUACAUCUUACUUCUCUGCCAAUCUGCAACUCUUGGACACCACUAACUCGAAGAGCUAUCAGGUCCAAGCCGAGUCUGCCGCCAACUCGACCAACGCCAAUCUGAAGCGUGAAGCUUGCAUUUUCGCUGCCGCCGAUGAGGUCAAGAUCCAGUACAACGUGGCUGUCAAUGACUACAAUUCUUGUGUGAAGAAAAUCGCAUACCAGCGUGAUCAAACUUUGCAGCAAGAUAAGCCACUGCUGCCCAGCGAGCAGCAACCGGUGCUGCCAAGUGAGCAACAGCCAAUCAGACCAGUCCCAGCUCAAACUCAGUCCCAGUCCCAGGUUCAGUCUCAACCUCAGUCGCAGUCACAGUUCGAAGUCGAGGACCUGCAGCCCGUGCAGCAAUCCGAGAAGCAGCCAAUCAACUAAUUGAGAUAGGGUAUAAAAUAUGGUACCAAUCUUAAUUUUAAUGAGCGCAGUGAAUAAAGAGCUUUAAAAAUCAA